AUGGCUGGUGAUCGACUCACCCAGGUUGGCCACGGCUUGGCCAAAGGUCUGGGCAUCAAGAUUGCCUACAGAGAUCCUCUAGGUGCUAACGACCCUGUCACCCGAGGCGAAUCGGCCUUUUCUCAGGGUACCACCGACACAUACUCUUAUUUCGAACCAGAACCAACUAGUGUUGAAUGGAUUCGUGAGAUCAUACCUUCUGGACAACAAUUAUGGAGAUACUUUAUCAGCCUUUUCCCUUUCCUAAGUUGGAUUGGCCAUUACAACUUGCAAUGGCUCUACGGUGACUUGGUCGCCGGUAUCACUGUUGGUGCAGUGGUGGUCCCUCAAGGUAUGGCUUAUGCCAAGUUGGCCGAGCUGCCCGUGCAGUUUGGUUUGUACUCUUCCUUCAUGGGAGUCUUGAUCUACUGGUUCUUUGCUACAUCGAAGGAUAUCACUAUCGGCCCUGUGGCUGUCAUGUCCACUCUCACCGGAACCAUCGUUCUACAGGUUCAGGAGAAGUAUCCUGACACUCCUGGUCAUGUUAUUGCUUCAUCCCUGGCUAUCAUUCUUGGUGGUAUUGUGUGCUUCCUCGGACUCUUUCGUCUGGGUUUUAUUGUGGAUUUCAUCCCCCUCCCUGCCAUUUCUGCCUUCAUGACGGGAUCAGCUAUCAGUAUCAUCUCCGGUCAGGUAAAGACCUUGUUGGGUGAGACUGCUAGUUUUUCUACUCGUGGUGCCACAUACAAGGUCAUAAUCAACACUCUGAAACAUCUACCCAGUGCCAAUCUCAAUGCAGCCAUGGGUGUCACAGCAUGUGCUAUGUUGUACCUCAUCCGCUUUGGGUGCACCUUUGCCGCGAAGAAACAGCCCCAGCGUGCUAAGUUGUGGUUCUUCAUCUCUACACUGCGUACUGUCUUUGUCAUUCUAUUCUACACUAUGAUCAGUGCUGCGUGCAACCUCCACCGCAAGGAUAACCCACUGUUCAGCGUUCUGGGCAACGUCCCUCGUGGCUUCAAGAAUGCUCACGUGCCUAUCAUGGAUCGUAAGAUCAUUGCUGCAUACGCCGACCAGCUCCCUGCUGCUUGCAUCGUCCUCCUGAUCGAGCAUAUUGCCAUUUCCAAGUCAUUUGGUCGUGUGAAUAACUACACCAUUGACCCCUCGCAAGAGUUUGUGGCUAUUGGUGUGAGUAACCUCCUGGGUCCUUUCCUGGGUGGAUAUCCUGCCACGGGUUCAUUCUCCCGAACUGCUAUCAAGUCUAAGGCUGGUGUCCGCACACCCCUUGCCGGUUGCAUCACCGCUGUCUUGGUGUUGCUCGCCAUUUAUGCUCUUCCCGCACUUUUCUUCUACAUCCCGCAGGCCUCCCUGGCCGGUGUCAUCAUCCAUGCUGUGGGUGAUCUGAUCACUCCUCCCAACACUGUGUACCAAUUCUGGCGAGUUUCUCCCCUGGAUGUGAUUAUUUUCUUCAUUGGUGUGUUCGUCACCGUCUUCACCUCCAUCGAGGACGGCAUCUACUGCACAAUCUGUGUCUCUAUUGCUGUUCUGCUGUUCCGCAUGGCCAAGGCCCGCGGUCAGUUUCUUGGCCGCGCGACUGUCCACUCCGUUGUGGGUGAUCAUCUGUUGGACGGCGACGGAAAGUAUGGCUCCUUUGGAACCAACCAGGCCUCCUCCUCAGAAGACCACCAGGAGCGAUCUAUUUUCUUGCCUAUCAGCCGUGCCGACGGUUCCAACCCGGAUAUUUCCCUAGAACAGCCUGUCCCAGGUGUUUUCAUAUAUCGGUUCUCUGAAGGAUUCAACUACCCCAACGCCAACCACUACACUGACAUCUUGGUCCAAACAAUCUUCAAAAACACUCGCCGGACAAACCCCAACGCCUUUGCUAGACCUGGUGACCGUCCUUGGAAUGACCCAGCCCCUCGCAAGAAGGCUGAAUUGGUCGAAGACACUCGCCCGUUACUGGAGGCCAUCAUCCUGGACUUCUCAUCCGUCAACAACGUGGAUACAACCUCUAUUCAAAACUUGAUCGAUGUACGCAACCAGCUAGACAUGUACGCCUCUCCCCGAGCAGUGCAGUGGCACUUCGCCCAUAUCAACAACCGCUGGACAAAACGUGCCCUCUCCGCCGCAGGCUUCGGCUACCCAGCCCCAGACUCGAACCACGGAUUCCACCGUUGGAAGCCCAUCUUCAGUGUGGCCGAGAUCGAAGGUGAAGCCUCAGCUGCAGCCCACGCCGAAUUGGUCAACAACGAGCGCGCAAACGACCUCGAGGCUGGCUACAAGAAGCAACUUGAAACGACGACCGAGCGCGAAGCUUCCAUUGAGUCUCACUCCGAGAAUGCAGAUGUUAUUCAAGAAGACAAGCUGCACCGUGACCUGAAAGAUAGCCAUGCAUACCGCGGCCGACGCAGAGUUGCCAUCGUGCAGGGCAUGAACCGUCCUUUCUUCCACAUCGACUUGACUGCCGCCCUUCAAAGUGCCGUUGCCAAUAUCUCGAAUGAGCCUGUGGACCUAUGA